CUCUUACUUUGGCCUGAUCUCUUUAACUUUGCUUUUCCCAUAAAAGGACAAAGUUUCCACCUCCAUAAAUUGGCACCCUUUCCUCCUCUCUCCAAAAUUUCAAGACCCCCUCUUCUCUCUUUCCCUUCUCUCUUUUAGUCUUGGCUUUGACAAAAUCUUGGUUUGAAAUAUUUUUUUUGGUGUGUUUGUUUAGAAAUAGUUGUUGUAGGAAACAUGAAGAAUCCUCAAUCAAGCUUACCACCAGGAUUUAGGUUCCACCCUACUGAUGAAGAGCUCAUUCUUCAUUAUCUUAGGAAAAAGGUUACAUCCACACCGUUCCCUGUUUCGAUCAUAGCCGAUGUCGAUAUCUACAAGUUUGAUCCCUGGGACUUACCAGCCAUGGCUGCCUUUGGUGAGAAAGAAUGGUACUUUUUUAGUCCCCGAGACCGGAAGUACCCGAAUGGUGCUAGGCCUAACAGAGCAGCUGCGUCCGGGUAUUGGAAGGCCACCGGCACAGACAAGAUUAUCAUGAAAUCAGCGACGGUGUCCGGUGGCGGCGGAGAAAUGCAAGAAAACAUUGGUGUAAAGAAAGCUCUUGUGUUCUACAAGGGAAGGCCUCCAAAGGGUGUCAAGACUGAUUGGAUUAUGCAUGAAUAUAGACUUGCAGAUGCCCUUAGCUAUAACCACAACAACAAACCAAUCAAGUCCAAAGAUUGUCCCAUGAGGUUGGACCAUUGGGUUCUCUGCAGAAUUUACAAGAAAUCCAAUGUUUCAACACCAUCAAUGGCAGCUGCAGCAAGUGGUCAAGAAGAGGAAGGAGAAGAAGAAGAGCAGCAAUUUGUGCAAGAUUAUCCCCCUCUACCAGCCUUGAAAAGCUCUGUUAGCCACAACAGGCUUAAUCCCCAGAAAUCUUGUUCAUUCUCCAACUUAUUGGAUGCCAUGGAUUACUCAUAUUUGAGUAACAUUCUUUCAGACGAUCAAGGAAACCAAACUGGGUUUGAUUUUUCAACUGCGGCAUUCAACAGCGGCUCUGCAACACAAGACCAGGCCUUCUUCAGUAAUGGCGGAAACAUCGGUAGCAGCAGCGGCGGCAAUUACAUGAUUCAGAAGCUGCCUCCAUUGAGCAAUUCAUGUAGUCCAAACAUGGAGAACAAACUGAAGAGGCAAAAUCCACUUGUUGAUGAGGAUAUACUGAACCACCCAUCAAAGAAACUCGUCAACUCUUGCAGUUUCACUAGUAACACCACCACCCAACCUGAUCAUAUGCCACAGCAGUACAAUUUUCUAAACCAUUCAUUCUUGAUCAAUCAGCAGUUGCUUCUCAGUCCUCACCUUCAAUUCCAAGGAUAGAUACAUUGUUCCAAAAGGAACAAAGAACACAAAUUUGAAAGGGAAAAAAAGAAAAAGAAAAAAGGGAGGUAGAUAAGCCUUGUUUGUUCAAGAUGUGCUCAGAAGGAUUGUGUGUGUAUUAAAAAGGAGAUACCAUAUGAAAGUCAAAAGGUAGUAGAAAACAAUGAUGAAUCAAGAAAGUAGGGGGUUUCAUGUCAAAUGAUUCAAAAGAUUUUUGUAGAAAAAACUACAAAAAGAUUGCUUAAAAGUGUUCGAAUUGGAAGAUUACUUUUUGAGUCUCAGUAGAUAAGGUUACAUGGGUCUGCAAAAUGUUUAUCUCAUUUUUUCCCUUGAAAUAAAAAAGUUAUCUUUUCCACUAU